UUUUGAAAAUAAACUAAUGUAUGCUUAUAACAAAAAUUCCAUUGAACUUCAAUAAGACAUUAAUGUUGUGCUAUUCUUGUCCUUCUAAAGAACUAAAAUUUAAAUCUACUUGAACAUUAAAAUGUUUAAUAUAGCAUGACAUUUUUCUAUUGCAAAGCUGUAUGUAUUCAGCUCACUUCUUAAACUACAUGAAUGGUUUUGGAUCUUACUUUUCGUCAGAAGAUAAAAGAUGCCCUGCCUCCUUACCCUUGGGUCAAAACUCUCCACAGAACUGUCCUUACGGUUUAUAUGCGGAACAAAUAUCAGGAACAGCUUUUACUGCUCCUCGUAAGGAAAAUUUAAGAUCGUGGUUAUACAGAAUACGUCCUAGUGUAUUGCACGAACCGUUUAAGCCUUUUACCGGUAAAACGGGACUAAAUAACAAUUGGAAUGAACAACAUCCAAAUCCUAAUCAGAUGCGUUGGAAGCCGUUUGAUAUACCGUUGGACGACGUAAAUUUUGUCGAAGGUUUACACACGAUAUGCGGUUCAGGGGGUGAACAUAGCCAUCAUGGUAUUGCAAUACAUAUUUACAGUUGCACUACUUCCAUGGAGAAAAUCGCUUUUUAUAAUAGCGAUGGUGAUUUUUUGGUUGUGCCUCAGAAGGGAUGUUUGGAAAUAACUACUGAAUUUGGCAAAUUGGUAGUAAGGCCAAAUGAAAUAUGUGUCAUACCGCAGGGUAUUCGCUAUUCAGUUAAAGUACGGGAACCAUCAAGGUAUGUAACCUCAUUUAACUCGGGAUAUAUUCUUGAGGUUUAUAACAAUCACUUUCAACUCCCGGAACUAGGUCCAAUAGGAGCAAAUGGUUUGGCUAAUCCGCGCGAUUUUUUAACUCCUGUUGCAUUGUUUGAAGAUAAUGAUGAAGAUUUCCAGAUUAUCUGCAAAUACCAAGGAAAGCUUUUUUCUGCCAAACAAUCUCAUUCACCAUUUGAUGUUGUAGCUUGGCAUGGAAAUUAUGUCCCUUUCAAAUAUGAUUUGUCAAAAUUUAUGGUCAUAAAUUCUGCCAGCUUCGACCAUUGCGACCCUAGCAUCUUUACGGUUCUCACUUGCCCAAGCUUUCGUCCAGGCACUGCUAUUGCGGACUUUGUAAUAUUUCCACCAAGAUGGGCUGUACAAGAGCAUACUUUCCGGCCGCCAUAUUAUCACAGAAACUGUAUGUCAGAGUUUAUGGGAUUAAUCUUUGGUAAAUAUGAAGCAAAAAAUAACGGGUUUUUACCUGGAGGCGCUACUCUUCAUUCUAUUAUGACACCACACGGUCCAGAUUAUCAAUGCUUCGAGAAUGCAUCUCGUGCAGAGUUAAUACCUGAAAGGGUCGCUGACAAUACACAGGCUUUUAUGUUCGAAUCAUCGCUGAACCUAAGAAUAACUAAGUGGGCAGAAAAAACAUGUCAAAAAUUGGAUGAACAGUAUUUUGAAUGCUGGAAAGGGCUGAAGAAAAAUUUUAAUAUUUAAUUUAGUUAAUAUUUGUAAGUGAACUUUAAAUAAUAGAAAGCAUUAAAAUCAGAA